AUGGCAGAUUCAUCAGAUCACGAUUCAACACCAUUGUCAUAUUUCAAGUAUGAUGUUUUUCUGAGCUUUAGAGGUUACACAAGAUUCGGAUUCACAGACACGCUCUAUCAUGCUUUGAUCAACAACAGAAUCGAUACCUUCAGAGAUAGCGAGGAGCUGAGAAUAGGCGAGGAACUGGAAGGUGCUCUUGUUGAAGCAAUUGAAAGAUCAAGGAUGUCAAUUCUUAUACUGUGUGAUGAGUAUCCAACUUCCAAGUGGUGCCUUGAUGAACUCGUCAAGAUCAUGGAGUGUUCUGGCAACGGAACAAAGCGACCGGUGUUACCGGUCUAUUUCCGUGUGGCAAAAUCAGAUGUGCAGUUUCAGAAAAAUAAGUAUGAAACAGCCAUGGUUGCUCAUCAAGAAAAAGGAAGAAACAACCACAAGUUGGAAGCAUGGAAGUCAGCUUUGUCUCAAGUAGGCAAGAUUUAUGGUCAAUGA